AAGACAUUGGGUUAAACGUGAGGGUUUCAGGAGGAAAUGACAUGGUUUAUCAAGGUAAGACGGCACAGAAAAGGUCAAGGACAGUACCUUUCUCCAUCUCUUGGACAUUUGAAGAUCCUCUAAUUCUACCUUACGUCAUUGUUAGCUGAGCAAUGCACAAGUGGAAAUCAGUAAACCCACACCGUCUCCGUCAGCUUUUUUUGCGCUGUGAUCUCAACAGACUAUGCCGCUUCAUUGGCCUCUCAGUGUGCAAGGGGGUCUGUCAUCCAAGUAUAACCCAAAACAGGAAGUAUAGAGCUGAUUCUCAGACAAAUCAGAUAUCCUUUCCUCAGAUUAAUCAUUUAUUUAAAUGUAAUGAAUAUAGUUAUAAAGUCAAUGGGUAUGAAGGAAGAAGCAACAGUCCGGUGCUGGGGUUUGACAGCAACCUGUUGCCCUCAAACUCGCCCCCUGAGGACCGGUGGAGUGCCGUCACCUGCCUGCAGAGCAGGGGAAUGCUCUUCGGUGUGUUUGAUGGGCAUGGAGGCUAUGCGUGUGCGCAGGCUGUCAGCGAGCGACUUUUCUAUUACAUAGCUGUGUCUCUGCUUCCACUGAAGACGCUGGUGGACAUUGAAGAUGCGGUGGAAAAAGACCGGCCGGUCAUUCCAAUCCUGCAGUGGCACAAGCAUCCCAGUGACCAUCCCAGCAUCGGCAGCAAUGCCGGAAAGCGCUACUUCAGCAGCCUACGAUCAUACUGGCAGGAGCUGAUCGACCUUGGCGAGGAUGAGGACAGAGAUAUCCAGGAUGCCCUGGUCAAGGCCUUCAGGAGGCUGGACAAUGACAUCUCCCUGGAAGCACAGGCAGACUUUGGGGAAGACUUUUCAUGUUAUGCUCCCCUCAGGGUGGCGCUCUCUGGUUGCACAGCAUGCAUAGCACACUUGGACGGCACCCAUCUGCAUGUAGCGAACCUCGGUGACAGCCGGGCUAUGAUUGGCGUCCAGGAAAACAAUGGUAUGUGGUCAGCUUUGACCAUCAGCAAUGACCACAACGCCAAGAACCCGAUGGAGGUGCGGAGGCUGCACUCUGAGCACCCACGGUCCGAGAAGGCGACUGUGGUCAGGCACGACCGAUUGCUGGGACUCCUCACCCCAUUCCGGGCCUUUGGGAACAUCAAGUUUAAAUGGAGCAGCGAGCUCCUUAUGCACGUAUGUGAGAGGCGUCAAGAGAUGCUGUCAGGGAACGACAUUGCCAGCAUGUUCCCUCCUGAGGCUCACACGCCACCAUACCUCACCGCCGAGCCAGAGGUCACGUACCACAGGGUCCGACCCCAGGACAAAUUUCUAGUCCUUGCAACAGAUGGAUUAUGGGAGCUGAUGCACCGGCAGAAUGUGGUACAGGUGCUUGGGGAGCACCUGACUGGAAUCCACUGGCAGAAGCCCGUCUCGGGACUGUCACUGACACUGGGCCAGAUGCAGACCUUGCUCGCGGAGCGCAAAACGCGGGCCCUCUCUGCUCUCGAAGACGCUAACUCGGCCACCCAUCUACUCCGCCACGCUCUGGGGGGCGACGGCUUCGGUACCGUGGAUACAGAGUAUCUGUUCAGGAUGCUAAACCUACCACAAGACCUUGUGAGAAUGUAUAGGGAUGACAUUACAGUCACAGUGAUACAUCUAAACCAGCCAGUGCUUGAAGGCAACUGCAAUGGAAGCAAAACAAUUGUGAAUUUAAUCUGAAAUUAAUUUGCCAUUCCUGAUUUACUGGAACUGGAUUUACACCGCUACCUUAGACUCCUUCAAAGUUACGCCACCAAAACACACUAAGUAAAGCAAACAAUGACAAGAAAUAUUUUUAAAAGUACAUUUUUUAUAAUGGACACUGUUUGCUAUCUUCAGAUUGAAUGCAGAACAAACCCUCAAAAGCUGCAAAAUUAAUGUAUAAACAUUUCCCACAUGGACACCUUCUCAAUAUAAGCAGUGUUAAAAUCUAAGCCAGUUCAACCCAACAGAAGACAAAUGAGUGGGUACAAUUCAAAGUAGCUAUUAAAUUAACCCUAACACUUUUCUGAUUAUGGAUUACUCAGCAAAUUAAGGAAAGAUCAAGAGUAGGCUUUUCAAACUGACUGAAGGACAGGGAGCAGAGGAAUCAGAGCAGGACAGAUGUGGAAUGGGCCAGUUUGGAGUAGCACUUUGUUUCCAUAAAAUUAUUUACAUUUCACACUGUUAGGCUGGGUUCUUACGGUGUUUCAAAUUGCACAGCUCUUGCUCCAGCUCAUUCCACUUGGAUUCCAAGCUGACAAGGCGCUUGGAUAUAUCUAACCUUGCAUGUCUCACUUUUUUUUUUAAGCAUAUAAUGAGAAUGAAAAACUACAUUGCCUGAUUUUUUUUCCCCAAUGAUGUAUUUUCUUUGAAAGCUGUUUUUUUUUUUUAAAAAAAACCAUGGAAAAAUAAGUACACACUAAGCCAUUUACUAAAGCAUAUGGUGUGCCACCUUUGUACAUUUCACUAAUACAGAAUACACUUUAAUUCCUGAUUCCCCAUCAGGAAAAAGCAUUCACAAUUCCACUCACAAACAAAUUGUGUAAUGUAUUAUGUUCAAUUAAAUAAAAGCAACUACGCUGAACACAA